GAUGGGGCAGAAUUUUGGCCAAAGCCGGCCCUGCACGUGCCCUGCUGGCCGAAGCCCUACCAAAAAGCUGCAGUGAGAAGGUGGACAAGGCAAAACCACCCCUGUCGCCCCCGAAGAACCUGCCUGCUGCCGUACAGAGGUGGAGGAGAUCCACCUUCUGCCCCCAGCGCAGCGAGAGCUGGAUGGAGCCCCGUCCUCCCGAGGAUGCCCCUGCAGCACACCACAAGCUGCACGUCUGGUUUAAAACCGGAGCUUUCCCUUUUCCCUGGGCUUUUCCGAAGCUGCGGAACCGCAUGCACGAAUCCCUGCACCUAUUCAACAGUAUAUGCAACCACAAGUUCUUCGCCGCCACGUCCAUCAUCCUCUUCCUCAACAAGAAGGACCUUUUCGAGGAAAAGAUCAAGAAAGUCCACCUCAGCAUUUGCUUCCCAGAAUAUGACGGUCCCAACACGUUUGAAGACGCGGGGAAUUACAUCAAGACCCAGUUCCUCGACCUCAACAUGCGGAAGGACGUGAAGGAGAUCUACAGCCACAUGACCUGUGCCACAGACACGCAGAACGUCAAAUUCGUCUUUGACGCCGUCACGGAUGUCAUCAUCAAAGAGAACCUCAAGGACUGCGGCCUCUUCUGA